CACACGACCCAGCCUCCUUAAAAGGACUGACAGGGAGCGCUGGUCAGGCAGACUCAGUGAGUGAGUGUGUUUGUGCGAGUGUGUGUCUGUGUGCGUCUGUCUGUCAGACUCAGAUCAGCACAGUCGGUCUCAGGAUGCCUGCGUACGCUACCAACAUGAGGCUCAAGUUCCCCAUCGUGGCCCUGGUUUUGGAGAUAGUGACCAUCAUCUUGUUCGCGUUGUUUGUCGUCUACGAUGAUGGGAAACAUCACGGUGGACACGGUGCAAAACCCAACGAGACCCACCAUGAAGCGGGGCCCAUGGACCUCUACCCCAGUAAGUCGACCUGGAGGAUGCUCUCGUGACGUUUUGUCCUCAAAGUCUGUUUGAAGUUCACAUUUUCUGUCCUUCGCUGAUUCAGGGAGAUUUUAUGAAUCUGAAGUAUUUGUGACUCAUGUGAUGAUGUUUAGGAGAGAAAGGAUGUUGAUGAGAUUGUUCUGCCUUAAGCUGUGAAGGUCAUUGGAAAAACGUGAACUUUGUUCCACCAAUUAGAUUCACACAGAAAUAGAAGAGUUGGAGGUCUGCUGAAUGCCAUUAGAGGAGUCAUGGGGUUGUCCGUACACAUGCAGCUGAAGAGCCCAGAUGAUCCUGCUGGGAACAGUGUCAGGUCUCCCACCGCUGAGGUCACAUGUGACUUCAGUUAUUGACUCGGACACAGAGCUAAUAAAGGGCAGAGAGUCUUGUUAGAGGACCGAGCGCUCGCUUCUGUUGAGUUUUCUCUGCCUGUUUAUUCAGAUAGCUGCAGCGAUGAACGGCCGUGUUACCUAAUGGACACCCACGAUGGGGCGGGGCAGAUAUGACUGACAGAUAUGGGCCUGAUAGUCAGCAUUAAGGCUGAGGGUCAGGUCGGCUGUUGUUGACAUCCUUCAGUUUUGGUUUUUUUUGGUUCUCCAUGAAUCGUAUUAAAUUUUAGAUUUGAAAACUUCCUGCUGACACAUUUGAGGACUGUCUCAUCCGGUUUUGUCUGAUCCGGUUUUCCCUCAUGUUCCCUCAUGGUUUUCUGUCCAUGUAAGCUCAGGCUUACAUGGACAGAUCAGCUGUUCAGUACAGACCAGACAUCUCUGAGGAUGUCCUCAAAGACAGACAGAUGGGCAGAGGAGUGUGGGCUGGAGCAGGAGAAACCAGAGAUGUUUCAGCAUCAUGUGAGAAGAAGAGGGAGAGAGAGAGAGAGAGAGAGAGAGAGAGAAAACCUUCAGAACAAACUGAUUUCUCUUUUCGACGUUAUAAAAGCUAGAAUCCUGAUUCAUCCUCAGUUCUGGCAGCAUCUCUGAUCCAGGGUCUCCUCUAACAUCUGAACACAGCAGAACCAGCCUGAACCCCCCUGAUGUGAAUGUGACGGAGGGUCAAAGUGCAAACUGGCUUUCAACUCCACACAUGUGUGAGCUACUUCAAAUAUUGACACCUCCGCUAACCUCAGCUGAUAUGAGUGUGAAUGUUGUAAAGACCGACCACCUGUCUCCAGCCCAGAGCAGGGACAGGAACAGACCGACCACCAGUCCACGUGGAGAGACUGUUUUCUUUGCUGGUUUGAUGCUGAUGACCAAAAACUUUUCAACUUUUCAACAUCAGACUGAGAGAGCAGAACAACUCUACCGAAGAAAACCCUGUUCUGUUUCUCUGAGAAGACCAGAAAACUCUGAGUUUGUGUUUGAAACACAUGAAAAAGAGCUGAGUUAAAGAAAGAGGGGUUACUUACAGAGUGUCCCUAAACUCAGGGUCAGUUACAGAGCAUCUCUAAACUCAGGGUCAGUUACAGAGCGUCUCUAAACUCAGGGUUAGUAACAGAGUGUCCCUAAACUCAGGGUUAGUUACAGAGCGUCUCUAAACUCUAGGUUAGUUACAGAGCGCCUCUACACUCAGGGUGAGUUACAGAGCGUCUCUAAACUCUAGGUUAGUAACAGAGCGCCUCUACACUCAGGGUGAGUUACAGAGUGUCUCUUAACUCUAGGUUAGAAACAGAGCGCCUCUACACUCAGGGUUAGUUACAGAGCAUCUCUAAACUAAGGGUGAGUUACAGAGUGUCUCUAAACUCAGGGUUAGUUACAGAGCGUCCCUAAACUCAGGGCUAGUAACAGAGUGCCUCUACACUCAGGGUGAGUUACAGAGUGUCUCUUAACUCUAGGUUAGAAACAGAGCGCCUCUACACUCAGGGUUAGUUACAGAGCGUCUCUAAACUCAGGGUUAGUUACAGAGUGUCCCUAAACUCAGGGUUAGUUACAGAGCGUCUCUAAACUCAGGGUUAGUUACAGAGCGUCUCUAAACUCAGGGUUAGUUACAGAGCGUCUCUAAACUCAGGGUUAGUAACAGAGCGUCUCUAAACUCAGGGUUAGUUACAGAGCGUCUCUAAACUCAGGGUUAGUUACAGAGCGUCUUUAAACUCAGGGUUAGUUACAGAGCGACCUCUAAACUCAGGGUUAGUUACAGAGCGUCUCUAAACUCAGGGUUAGUUACAGAGCGUCUUUAAACUCAGGGUUAGUCUAUCAGUACAUAGAUGUUUCCCUUCCUUACUUUGUACCUUUAGCCUGUUUUCACGCCUCUCUUUUCCAGGACAUAGACAUGUCCGCUUAAAGUGUCGAACUUAUUUGUCAUUGGGAUCUCAGGGGCGUGGCUAAUGUGCUUGACAGUUUCCUGUUAGGUUGCUCUCAUACAAUGAAGUCAUCCUGGUCACCUGGUAACUUCAUGUUGAGGGUACAGCAGAGGACGCCCACCCACUGCACACAACAGCGGGGGGGUCUCGUUUGGACAACAGGCGCUUCGCCUGCGCUCGUAACAGUCGCAGGAAGUGAGGUGCAUUGUUUCACGGUCCGUGCACACGUCCACCUUGAUGCGUUUUCCACAUGAACAUGGACUCAACAAACCAGAAACCACAUCACUGAGUCAUGGGAGGAGUGUGUGUGUGUGUGUGUGUGUGUGUGUGUGUGUGUGUGUGUGUGUGUGAGUGUGCGUGUGUGUGUGUGUGUGUGUGUGUGUUCCUCCUUAUAGAGGAAAUGAGAAAAACUAGUUCCUGACCUCUUUGUAAAGACUGAAACAUGAGGAGACCUGCCCAGACUCCUGAGGUUUGACCUGCAGGUCUCUAACACCUGGGUGUCUCAGAGUCUCAGUCUGUGUGUGACUGACAUGUCCCAGCAGAUGUGAAGGACCUGCUUCAUUAGUGUCAAAGUCAGCGAGAACCUCGGUCAACCUGCACUCACAGUCAACAGGUGAUAGAAGGUCACCUGACUUUGUGUAUCUGUAUCAUCAGCUGCAGCUGCAGCAGCAGCCUAACGUGACCUCUCUUCUGGUUCCUCUAGUGUUUCAGGAUGUUCACGUCAUGAUCUUCAUCGGCUUCGGCUUCCUGAUGACCUUCCUGAAGAGAUAUGGGUUCAGCAGUGUGGGCAUCAACCUGCUCUUGGCUGCCUUCGGCCUGCAGUGGGGCCUCCUCUUGCAGAACUUCUGGCACCUGGAGGAUGGCAAGAUCAAAGUCAGCAUCUUCAAGUAGGAACGCCUUUGAAUGCAGAACAUUUCCUCUUGUCUCCACAGUUUUCUCCAAAGUUUUCUGUCUUUCAGAAUCAUAAACGCAGACUUCAGCACGGCCACAGUCCUGAUCUCCUUUGGGGCUGUUCUGGGUAAAACCAGCCCUCUGCAGCUGCUCAUCAUGACCCUCCUGGAGAUCACCAUCUUCUCCAUCAACGAACACCUGGUGGCCAACAUCCUUGAAGUGAGGACACCUGCAAACAUCUCGCAUGUGCUGCUCAUAGGGUGCAAUGAUUUAUGGGCCUGCUUCCUUCUCUGUCUCAGGCUAAUGAUGUCGGAGCGUCCAUGAUCAUCCACGCUUAUGGCGCCUACUUUGGCCUGGCGGUGGCUCGAGUUCUUUACAGACCAGGUUUGAGAAACGGCCAUGAGAACGAUGGAUCUGUCUAUCACUCGGAUCUGUUCGCCAUGAUUGGUGAGACUCAGUUCUGUUGUUGUAAUAAUGAGGACGUGUUAUUAACUCUCUGUCUGCGCUCACAGCACUAAUGUGGUGGACCUGACCAUAUUCUGCUCUGACUGCUUCAGCUGUGGCCUCCUGUACAUGAUUGCCACCUAGUGGUGAAAAGCCUCCCUGCAGCAGCUCCACUGAUGAAAACACAGAUGACUGUCUUUUAGAUAAAGUUUUUCUUCUCAUCACUCCCUUUAACAGGAACCGUCUUCCUGUGGAUGUUCUGGCCCAGUUUUAACUCGGCCAUCGCUGACCCGGGGCUGACUCAGCUCACUGCCGUCAUCAACACGUACCUGUCCCUGGCCUCCUGUGUGCUCUCUGCCUACGCCAUCUCCAGCCUGGUGGAACACAAAGGGAAACUGGACAUGGUCAGGGGGGAAGAUAACCCACCAAUAAAAACACACUGUCUGUGUGUGUGUGUGUCUGUGUGUGUGUGUCUGUGUGUGUGUGUGUGUGUGUGUGUGUGUCUGUGUGUGUGUGUGUGUGUGUGUGUGUGUGUCUGUCUGUGUGUGUGUGUGUGUGUGUGUGUGUGUGUGUGUCUGUCUGUGUGUCUGUGUGUGUGUGUGUGUGUGUGUGUGUGUGUGUGUGUGUGUCUGUGUGUGUGUGUGUGUGUGUGUGUGUGUGUGUCUGUGUGUCUGUGUGUCUGUGUGUGUGUGUGUCUGUCUGUGUGUGUGUGUGUGUGUGUGUGUCUGUCUGUGUGUGUCUGUCUGUGUGUGUGUGUGUGUGUGUGUCUGUGUGUGUGUGUCUGUCUGUGUGUGUGUGUGUGUGUGUGUGUGUGUGUCUGUCUGUGUGUGUGUGUGUGUGUGUGUGUGUGUGUGUGUCUGUCUGUGUGUCUGUGUGUGUGUGUGUGUGUGUGUGUGUGUGUGUGUGUCUGUGUGUGUGUGUGUGUGUGUGUCUGUGUGUCUGUGUGUCUGUGUGUCUGUGUGUGUGUGUGUGUGUGUGUGUGUGUGUGUGUGUGUGUGUGUGUCUGUCUGUGUGUGUCUGUCUGUGUGUGUGUGUGUGUGUGUCUGUCUGUCUGUGUGUGUGUGUCUGUGUGUGUGUGUGUGUGUGUGUGUGUGUGUGUGUGUGUGUGUCUGUGUCUGUGUGUGUGUGUGUGUCUGUCUGUGUGUCUGUCUGUCUGUCUGUGUGUCUCUGUGUGUGUGUGUCUGUGUGUCUGUGUGUGUGUCUGUGUGUGUGUGUAAAUAUACAUUAAUACUCUCCUUAUAUACUCCAGGUGCACAUUCAGAACGCCACCUUGGCUGGAGGCGUCGCCGUGGGAACAUGUGCUGACAUGGACAUCGGACCGUUUGGGGCGAUGCUGAUUGGAUUAGUCGCUGGCAUCAUCUCCACCCUCGGCUUCAAGUACCUCUCAGUGAGUAGAUGGUCCAGUACCAGAGGGCCUCUCUAGAGAGUGACCAUCGACCGUGUGUACUCCCAUAUAACUCUGUUUACAGUCUGUAGCGUCUGUUCUCCUUCAGGACCGCCGGGGUUCAGGUCCACCUGCAUCUGUGACUCCUUCAAUUAUCAGUCCAGUUUGAGUUUUAAAAAAGUCAUUUAUUGUUCAAAGAAUUGAUGAAUUAUCAAGAACCAACCCAAGAUGGGAUUUAACCUCAUCUAACGUGAGUGACAGUGGCGAGGAAAAACAGGCAGACACCCUGGAGAGGACCAGAACAAUCCCAACAUACCUGCUCGAACCCUUCAGGGGUCUGAUUGAUCUCACCUCUCCGCUCUCUUCCUCCUCCCUCUGUAGCCGAUCCUGGCAUCGAACCUGGGCAUCCAGGACACCUGUGGGGUUCACAAUCUGCACGGCAUGCCCGGCAUCCUGGGGGGCCUGGCCGGGAUCGUGGCGGUGGCCUUGGGGAAGAAAGAGUACGUCCAAUUUUCACCAUUCGAACCUGAAAACAUGUCUGUAUAAUCUCAGUGUAACAGCAGCUCUUACAUUCAUGUCCACCCUCCCACCGCUGCAGGGGUCACGCUUCCAUGCAGGCUGCUGCCUUGGCUUCAUCCCUGGCCUUUGCUGUGGCUGGAGGGGUCAUCACAGGUGAGGGGGGGGGUCAUCACAGGUGAGGGGGGGGGGGGGUUAUCACAGGUGAGGGGGGGGCUGUUACAGGUGGGGGGGCUGUUACAGGUGAGGGGGGUCAUCACAGGUGAGGGGGGCUGUUACAGGUGAGGGGGGUUAUCACAGGUGAGGGGGGCUGUUACAGGUGAGGGGGGCUGUUACAGGUGAGGGGGGCAUUACAGGUGAGGGGGCAUUACAGGUGAGGGGGGUCAUCACAGGUGGGGGGGUCAUCACAGGUGAGGGGGGCUGUUACAGGUGAGGGGGGUCAUCACAGGUGGGGGGGUCAUCACAGGUGAGGGGGGCUGUUACAGGUGAGGGGGGUCAUCACAGGUGAGGGGGGGCUGUUACAGGUGAGGGGGGCUGUUACAGGUGAGGGGGGUCAUCACAGGUGAGGGGGGCUGUUACAGGUGAGGGGGGUUAUCACAGGUGAGGGGGGCUGUUACAGGUGAGGGGGGCUGUUACAGGUGAGGGGGGCAUUACAGGUGAGGGGGGCAUUACAGGUGAGGGGGGGUCAUCACAGGUGGGGGGGGUCAUCACAGGUGAGGGGGGCUCUUACAGGUGAGGGGGGUCAUCACAGGUGAGGGGGGGCUGUUACAGGUGAGGGGGGUCAUCACAGGUGAGGGGGGGGGGCUGUUACAGGUGAGGGGGGGGGGUCAUCACAGGUGAGGGGGGGCUGUUACAGGUGGGGGGGGUCGUCACAGGUGAGGGGGGGGCUGUUACAGGUGAGGGGGGGGCUGUCACAGGUAAGGGGGGGGCUAUUAAAGGUGAGGGGGGUCAUCACAGGUGAGGGGGGUCAUCACAGGUGGGGGGGCUGUUUCAGGUGAGGGGGGCUGUUACAGGUGAGGGGGGUCAUCACAGGUGGGGGGGUCAUCACAGGUGAGGGGGGCUCUUACAGGUGAGGGGGGUCAUCACAGGUGAGGGGGGGCUGUUACAGGUGAGGGGGGGUCAUCACAGGUGAGGGGGGCUGUUACAGGUGAGGGGGGGUCAUCACAGGUGAGGGGGGCUGUUACAGGUGGGGGGGUCGUCACAGGUGAGGGGGGCUGUUACAGGUGAGGGGGGCUGUCACAGGUAAGGGGGGCUAUUAAAGGUGAGGGGGGGUCAUCACAGGUGAGGGGGGUCAUCACAGGUGGGGGGGGCUGUUUCAGGUGAGGGGGGGGCUGUUACAGGUGAGGGGGGUCAUCACAGGUGGGGGGGGGGCUGUUUCAGGUGAGGGGGGGGCUGUUACAGGUGAGGGGGGUCAUCACAGGUGAGGGGGGGGCUGUUACAGGUGAGGGGGGGGGGGCUGUAGUUGAGGGGGGGGCUGUAGUUGAGGGGGGGGGGCUGUAGUUGAGGGCUGCUCUUUUCCUGUCGGUGCUCCUCAGACUUUUUCACCCCCCCCUCAGAGAGUCUGACCCCCUCAGUUCCUGGUCUGAACCUGGACUCUGUUCUACAUGUUUAUGAUGUUAAUAACUGUGUUGUAUAUUUGAGUGUUCGUCCUUUCAUCUUAUUUCUUUAUUUUUAAUCAUCUCUCACUGAUCUCAUUGAUCUCAUUGAUCUCAUUGAUUUCAUUGAUUGAUCUCAUUCAUCUUUGAUCUCCGUGUUUUCUCUGGAGUCUCUCUGACUAAAGUGUUUCUGGUUCUGAGGACCUCAUCAGUCUUUGUUCUUCUUUCAGGUUUAAUAAUGAAGCUUCCGUUCCUGGGUCAACCUCCAGACCAGAACUGUUUCGAUGACGCUAUUUACUGGGAGGUAUGACCCCCCCCUCAUUCUCGUAAACGUCAGCGUCUGUUGACCCAGAAGCUCUCUCUGUUUUCCUCAUCAGGAGAUAAUUGACUUUGCAAUUCAAUUAUUUUGAUGAGGUUUACUUUGUCAUGACAAACAAGAUUUCAUGAGCCUGUAAACUCGACGCAGACUUUACAGGCCAAUUAUUAUUUAAUGUCCAUAUCACACACACACACACACACACACACACACACACACACACACACACACACACACGCACACACACACACACGUCUUAUUAAGUACUCAUCGUUUCACAAACACGUCAUGUUCCAGGUGCCGGAGGAGGAGGAGGAGAACGAGGAGAGCUUGGCUCAUGCUGAUCAUUCGAAGAACAAAGCCGAGGCCUGAAGGUCCGUGGAUGGAGAGAGGUCCUCCUUCAGGAUCAGCGAGUCCACAUGAAGAACUCCGUCAGCCUCUCUGUGGUUCUCAGCUCUGUGGACACUUUUAUGAACACACAGUAUUAGAGUCAAAUUCUGCCGUAGUCAACGUCUUAAAGGUUUAUUACACCACUUUAGAAACCAAGAAAAACGAAGAUCUGAUUUGAAACUUCAGGGAUAAUUUCAUGACUUCAGUCACAGAGAGAGGGUUCGAUCGGCCUUUUUACCUUCAUUUCCUUUUUAUAAUAUGAAUUACCUAUACAGCACGUUUUAUAAAGUCCAUGUAUGAUGUUAUUAUACUUGUCUUAUAUCUUAAUUUCUGCUGAGAUUCGAGUCCGAGGAGUUCAGAUCUGCUCUGACACUAAAGCUCAGGUCACCUCACUGGAGCCCAGACCUUCAUCCAGGAGUCUGAGUCCGACGCUCUGAAACAGGAGGAGGCUCAGGGAUCGUCUCAUGAUAUAUUGUCACUAAUAAACUUUUUAUUUUGCUCUUUAUCUUCUACUUCUUAUAACAUUGUUUUAUAUCUAUCUGAGGGCAGCUCUACCAUCUCCAGAACGCUCCGAGGUUUCAGUCCGCGGGCAGACAGACAGACGGACAGACAGACAGACAGACAGACUGACAGACUGACAGACUGGCAGACGGACGGACAGACGGACAGACAGACUAACAGGCAGACAGACUAACUGACAGGCAGACAGACUAACUGACAGACAGACUGACAGGCAGACGGACGGACGGACAGACAGACAGACAGGCAGACGGACGGACAGACAGACUGACAGACAGACAGACAGACAGACUGACAGACAGACAGACUGACUGACAGACAGACAGACAGACAGACAGACAGACAGACGGACAGACUGACUGACAGACGGACAGACAGACAGACAGACAGGUAGACGGACAGGCAGACGGACACGGUGGGUUUAUUGAAGGCCCUGUGGUGUUUGAGGAUGACUGGUACUGACUUCAGAACCUUCUCAGCGUUUAUAUGAAGAAAAACUCACAAUAAACGUCUUUUUGCAGCAGGUUGAUAUUCUACUUAAAUCAGGAUUCAUCAGGUUGAACACACACACACACACUCCACAGUGAAGAGCAGGGCUGGAUUAAACCCACACACAUACAGGAGUGUUCAUCAGUGACAUGUUGGUGUUUAAUGUUGCCCAGAUUACUGACACACAACAAGAUAAAGUUGUUUUUGUUGUUUUUUUCACAGUGGGCUUGUGCUCCUGUUUGUAUGAUGUACUAUUUCUGUCUGUCUUAAUAAAAGUGUUUCUGUACAAGAGUUCACUUCUGAUAUCUGAGGAUUUAUCAGCCGAGUACAGACGUGAGUGUUUGAUAUUAGACUCAUAGUCUCCUCUGUCUGUGACUCUGUCUGUGACUCUGUCUGUGACUCUGUGUGAACGUUAGGAAUAAACACACGUCUCUUUUACUGCUAGAAGCUUCAGUAAAGC